AUGGCGUUUAUCGUGGCGGCAAUAUUGCUAGGGCUGAGCAUCGGCGGCGGUGAAGGCGCAAUAGGUAUAAAUUGGGGGAGGAACAAUGCGCAGAGACUGACUCCGUCGAUGGUGGUUGACUUGUUGUUGCAAAACGGGAUUAAAGAGGCGAGAAUUUAUUCCGCGGACGAAGAUAUUUUGAAGGCAUUCGAUGGAAGUGGGAUUGAUCUCACCAUCACCCUCUUCGAUUACGAAUCCGUACAAACUAAAGAAGCUGCAGUGCAAUGGAUGAACACGAGUUUUCAAUACGUCGAACGCUGCAAUAUAAGGCGCGUUUACAUAGGAUUCAACGCAUUUUCAAUGGGAAUGUUGAACAAAACCAUUUUACAAGUUGCAAUGAAUGCAUACACGUCAAUGCAAGAAGCGAUCAACCAACGUGCAUACGGCGGCGUAAUCAAGGUAACGAUGCCGCAUUCCGACUACGUAAUCAACGUCGAAAAGAUUACGAGACCAUCCGAAGCCGAUUUCCGAGACCUACUCAAGGAACAAAUGUACAACUACCUCAAAAUCCUCGAGGCUAAUAAAGCCCCACUCGUUAUCGAAAUACUCCCGAUCUAUUACGCCGUCAAACAAAAGCUGGGCAUCGAGUUCGCGGGCCCCUCAGACAACCCUAGCCACAUCAUCGAAGACGUAAACGGGGCCGUGUACACAAACUAUUUCGACUUCUUGCACGACUCGUUCGUGUGGGCCAUAAAGAAAGCCGGGGUGCCCGAUUUGGAUAUAGUGGUGGGGGCGGUGGGGUGGCCCACCGACGGCUUGCCGGGGGGAAACACAACUUCAGCUGAGAAUUUCUACAAACACCUUCUGCCCUAUGUGACCAGCAACAAAGGUACGCCGAUGCGGCCGGGGAAACCGAUCGACACGUACAUACACGCGCUCACCGACGAGAAUAUGAAUGGAGACUACUUCCCCUACGCGCGCCACUGGGGGAUCUACCGGACCAACGGCGAGCCGAAGUACAAGAUUGAUCUUUCUGGGCAAGGGCGGGAUAUAUAUCCGGCGAGGGCGAAGGGGAUUAUGCGGAUGCCGGAGCGGUGGUGCGUGUACACGGGUAACCCCGUGAAGGUGUUCAACAAGACUAAGGUGGUGGAGGAAUUCACGGCGGCGUGCAAGGUGGCUGACUGCACCAGCCUGGCGCCGGGGGCUUCCUGCAGCGGGCUGAGCUUCAGCCAGAACGUGUCGUACGCGUUCAACAUGUACUUUCAGAUGGCGUUUCAGGACGAGAGGGAGUGCGUGUUCAGCGGCUACGCCGCCGUGGUGACGGAGGAUCCGUCGACGGGGGACUGUGUUUUCCCGGUGGAGGUGGUCAAGGGUCAGCAGAUUAAUUUUAAUUUUACCAGAAGUGGGCAAGGACGACGGCGUUUUGCGCCGCCGUCACCGAUCUUUGUGUUUUUGCUUACCGCCGUUUGGGUAUCGUUAAAUUGCUAGAAAGUGACGUUGCACCUACGUCAUAGAUUGUAAUCAAUCUUGUACGAAAUUAGGGUUUUUUUCCCCCAAAAAGUUGGGGAAUUCUGUAAUUUUGGAUAAGUAUGUCAAUACAUAAUAAAAUUAUCAUUAUAGAUACAUUGGUCA